AUGAAGGUUAACUCCCUUUGGCCAUGUAGCCGAGAAAUCUUUCUCUUCCUUCGCCAGCCAACAUACUGCACGGACGCGUCUUGUUUCACUCCGUGCCGGCCUCCAUAUAAAUUCACGAUCUAUCCAGCUGAUUCUGAGCAUAUCUAUCUAUCUAUCUAUCUAUCUAUCUAUCAGUCUCUUUAUAUUUCUCUCUCUUUCAGUUCAUAUCUAUAUCUAUUUCAGUUUGUACGCAUCUAUCUAUCUAUCUAUCUAUCUAUCUAUCUGUCGAUAGAACGAUCUAUUUCAUUCAUCCCUAUCUGCCUCAAUAUGUUCAUCUAUCUAUCUAUCUAUCUAUCUAUCUAUCUAUCUAUCUAUCUAUCUAUCUAUCUAUGCCUGAUUCUUUCUGUGCUUUUAUUACGAAUAUUUUUCUUCUUUCUUUCUUUCCUUUUUCUUCUACCUUUCUUUUUCUUUCUUUUCUUUCUUGCUUUCUAUCUUUCUUUCUUUCCUUUUUCUUUCUUUCUUUUCUUUUCUUUCUUUUUCUUUUUCUUUCUUUCUUUCCUUUUUCUUCUACCUUUCUUUUUCUUUCUUUUCUUUCUUGCUUUCUAUCUUUCUUUCUUUCCUUUUUCUUCGACCUUUCUUUUUCUUUCUUUUCUUUCUUGCUUUCUAUCUUUCUUUCUCUCUUUUAUUACUGUUCUUUCUUUCUUUCUUUCCUUCUUUCUUUCUUUCUUUCUUUCUUUCUUUCUUUCUUUCUUUCUUUCUUUCUUUCUUUCUUUCUUUCUUAUGUCUUCGUUCAUAACCAAUUUCUUUUUCUUUCUUUUUUCCUUAUUUAUUUCUUACCAUUUUUUAAAUUUCUUUAUUACUAAUCUAUUUCUUUCUUUCUUUCUUUCUUUCUUUCUUUCUUUCUUUCUUUCUUUCUUUCUUCUUACUUCAUUCUUUGUUACUACUCUAUUUCUUUCUUUCUUUCUUUCUUUGUUAUUUUUUUCUUUCUUUGUCUUCAACAAUAGAAAAAAUACCACAUCUACCAUAUAA